UUGACACAGAGAGAGAGGGUGACACUACUGCAACUCUUUCCUUGACUGAGAGUGCAUUUGAGUUCACCGGACCACCACGUAUGAUGAAGGAUCACUGCUCGCCUCUUCACGCCUCCCCACCCGGACAUCCCGGGACCCCCAUACGGCAUGGCCACACUGCCCUGGGACCCCCACCGCGCUCUGUGUCGGACAUGGAGCCGCUGCGUCCUGAGUUUGUAUCUGCUGUGUGUCUGUUGACAGACGAGUCGUACCAGAAGCUGGCCAUGGAGACGAUGGAGGAGCUGGACUGGUGUCUGGACCAGCUGGAGACCAUCCAGACCUACCGUUCCGUCAGCGACAUGGCUUCCAACAAGGACUUCUUAACCUAUAAAUUCCUCAAGUUUUCACCGUCAUUGUGA